CGUAAACAACGUCAAAGAAGGGAAGUUCGAAUACUUCAAAUUUAAAAAUUUUAUUCAAUAAUUGCAGGAUUUUUGCAAAAUAUUCACUAUCUCUGCAAUCUAUGGAGCAUUAGUGUGAGUUCUAGCUUGAUUGUGUUUACUUACGUUUGGUCUAAACCAUCGGUGUUAGGGAAACAAGAUCUUGCUGGAAUGCAAACUUGAAGGAAGGAGUUUAUACGUUGGUAUGGCAAGAGCUGAGAGCCGGAUUUCCAGUGUGGGUGGAGCAAGCCAAAACAGUUCUUAGAGUCUUACAUUUCUUACUUCUUUCAUAUUGUGGUAAAAAAUAUUCCACCAGUCAUUUCUACAUCACGCUCGAACAAAGUGCUAACAGCACAAGGACUACAAGUAGACUUGAACUCUCUUAAUUUUGUACUUGUACCAGUGUGUUUUUAAUAAUACAACUGUGUGUUUGAAAUAUUUAUAAACGUUGCAAUGCGUAUCAAUAUGACAUCAACAUUAGUUCCUUUACUCAAAUCAAAAGUGGACGAACUAUUUUUAAAAUGGCUAUCAACAGAUGAGACACAGAAAUGCCUUCAAGAAGAUCUAAGUCGUAUUUUACAUGGUGUGUCCCCAGCUGCCUUUGAAACCCCUGUCAUUUCAACUGUCGUCAGUGCUCGACCAGCAUCACCACCAGCUCCACCUACUGCUACACUUACCACAAGAUCACCGAGAAGUCCUAAACCUGUGAAAAAGUUGAACAAACCCCAUAGUAAACCAAUUGACUCACCGCUAGCAAGUUUGGAUGUCAGUGACAGGUGCACUGCAGCUAUACCUCGCUUUUAUUAUCCUAAAGGCACUCCUUCUCAUAGUACUAAACAGCUGGAUGAAAAAAUCUCACGACAAGUUGAAAGUGUUUUCAAAAAAAAUCAACGGAUACCUAUGAAUGAGUUUUCCAAAGUUACUAAGGUAGGUUGAUUAACCCAUUAAAGCUGCAAUGCACCCUAGGCCACCAGUUUUUGAUUCCAUGCUUUACUUGUGCUGACUAAAACAAAAUUGGCUUAUAAUAAGACUAUGCCAUUUCAAGUGAACUUGUACGUAUGUAGUUCAGCAAUCACCAUGGAAUUAAGGUAUCAGUUUACCGUCACCUAAAGUUUCAAAAGUUGAUGCGGAUUUUUUUCAUUCGAUAUUCAUUAUUUUUCACGAUUUGAAUUUGUCAAAUUUUGAGCUAAAAAUUCGAAUUUCAACCAAAAAAAUUCUCUAUAUCUUUGCAGUGGCUUCGCUAACUGUAUAAACAAAGUCAGUAUUUGCAAAAAAUUUCAACAGAAAGCCAUUUUUGAAACACUUGCCAUACAAAUUUGACAAAUAAUGGAAAAAUAUUGAAAUAAUGAAAAUUUCACACAGCUGACAAUAACACAGGGGCGGGUGAUGGUAAACUUACACCAUAAUUCCAUCGAUAUCGGCCAUAUAGAUGGCAAACAUUUUUCAUUUGCUGAACUGAAUUAUAACUGGAAUGUUGAAGGUUUUUAUAGAUGGAAGUUUGGUCAUUUUUGAGUGAAAACUAGAACUAACUGGGAGACUGGCAGUUAAGUUGUGAAAUUAUGCAACCAUUGGCCCUCCAGCAUGAAUCAAGCCUGCACCAGUUUUGGUCUAAAACAUGUGUAGUUUUCACUUGAAAUUUUCAUCUACAAAAGAUGCAAUUUUUGGAGUUAAGAUUUACAAUUUUGGUUAACAAUAUUAUUGAAAUAAAAUUUAAUUUCCAUAUUAAUUAACCCACUAAGUUACAUUGCACCUAAUAUUCCCUCAAUGGGUUGAACCGUAUUUGCCACAAAAUUAGCAUUACCAAAUCGAAUGUGUAAUGUUUUACUGCAUCUGCAAUUAUUACCUUUUUGAGAUGCAUGGUAAUUUUGUUAUUAUUUAAGUUCUGAAAAAAGGUAAUUGUAAUUGGGAAUUAAUUAAUUAUCUUUUGAAGCAAGUAAUUGUAAUUGUAAUUAAUUCCUUGUUGAGCAGUAAUUUUGCAGCUCUGCAUUUUGGUGCGACUUGGUUUAUUGGCAUGUUGUUAACCCACUAUUUUACUCAGUCUUUACUUGCCUUGGGUAUUAGUGUGUCAAGCAAUUGAAAGACAAUAUGUUGUGACAAAGGCUCCAGCACUGCAUGUGCAUGCAGGUUUGAACUAUUUGCAAGAAAAUCAGUGAUAUGUAAUUCAUAUAAAUCAUGCUAGUUCCAGACUAGACUUAACCAGUUACUUUCUAAGAAAUUUUAGCACAUUGUUUUGUAAAGUGAUAUGCAGUUUUCAUAAUUUUUAAAACAUUGAUGUGCAAAUUGCAUAUUGGAUACUGUUAAUUCGAACCCUGUGUGUAUUGUCACAUUUCAAUUGUCUGGCAUAUUAGACAGAAAAUCUUAAUUAGCCACUUUAGGCAUAAAUGAACGGGUUUACUUUAGGCAUAAAUGAAUGGAUUUGCUUUGCUUUGCUUGGAAACUUAAACAUAGCUAGUAAAACUUUUAUUAAUUGUGACAUGGACUUAUAAUCUGAACAAUUAUGACAAAAAAUCCUGAUGUCUGCUUCUUGAAUUUGAAAAUGAAAGACUUUUUCUUCACCUUGAUAGUAUCAAAAUACACAGGUAGAUACCUGUUUUAGCAUCUUUCAAAGAAACAAGUAUAAAGAGAUGCUUUCAGUGUAUCAUUUUGUGAAAACCUUUGUUUUCAAUUGAUGAACUUUAAUGAAUGAUGGAGCCAAAAUUAUAAAUAUGGUUUAUUCAAAAUUUUAUAAGUCAUUACUGGUUAAAUUUCUUAUGGCAUGGCAUGGUAACGGAUAAUAUAUUGAAUACAUUAAUUAAUAAUAUUUAUGUGCAGUACAUAAGAGUGAGUCAUAUGAGCUAAAUUGUUCAAUGUCCAAUGACAAUUUAAUAUAGAGUAACCUUUGCAUAUGAUAUCAUUUUUUAAACCAAUAUAAGUAUAUAAUGAGGCUAAAUCUUUAUAUUAUAAAUGUCAGAGACAGAGGAUGUUUGUUAAUUAACACAAACAUAAUCACUCUUUUUCUCACCAAUAUUAAAGAUCCAGGCUUACGGAUCGAAAGCUUUGCAGUAAUAAAUUUAUGUGGUGUUUCCACAAACAAAACUAUUAUAUGUUUUAUCGCCAUGCAUGCAAACGUACAAAGAACUUUUAUUUCAGUUAAGGCGAUGCUUAUUUUUUUGUUUUUGGAUUACGGAUUUUGCUCACCAGUAUUAAAGAGCGGGAGGGCAAAAAAUAAAAAAUACAAAAAGAAAGAAUUGUCUAAUAUAUGUGAUACAACAGGCUCAGCUGUGACAUGUACAUUCAAAUUAAGUUAAACCAUCACCCUGCACGUCAUGAAGCGCUAGUCUGACUUUAAUUAUUCUUGGCCAUUUUAUAUUUUUGGGUGUAUGGACUAUAGACAUUAAUACUUUCUAAAAUGUGGACGGAUGAGAAAAACACAUAAAAAUUGAUGGGAGAUAUUUAUAUUUUUCUGGUUUUCACUGAAAAACACACAAGGUCGGGAAAUCAGUAAUCCAACAAGAAAAAUAAGGUGGCCUUAAAUUUCAACUAGAAUUUUAGAACAUUACCUAAUAUAUAGAGAUCUGUGUUGUAAUAAGUUAGUUUCAAUGAAAUAAGAGUAUGAAUAAAUUUUGACGAAACGUCACGUUUGCUCUUAUUUUCAAUAUAAAAUACGUUUGCCACCCAGAAAAUGUCUUGUGAAUAUAUAAUUUUGUUUAUGACAUGCAUAUAAAUGCCGAUGGGAUAUGCUUUGGCAGAUGAGAUACUCAGUCAUGCAGUCAUCAUUCACGUUUAGCUUCCGCAUUUCUCUUUAAACUUAAAAUGCCAAAUGAUAUUUUUUAUUGAACCAACUCGUCUAAAACGACAUGCAUAUUAUGCUUAGUUACUGUAUAACUAUAGUGUAAGUCAGAGAAGUGAAGGUGUAGUAUUGUUCUAGAAAUUUCAUGGUGACACUUAAUUAGUCUUAUUAGAUGCAAUGAGUGCCAAACUAAGUCUAAGACCUGGCGGAAUUUAGCUAUUGUCUACUGUAGAUAUAAAGGUUUGUUUUAUUCAAGAUAUUGAGUGUCUGCAUGCAUGGUUUUUUAACUAACCUCUAAUGACCUUAGCUUUAAUAUAUUAUAGGCUUAACAGAUUGAAAAUAGUCAAAGACCCUACCUCGAUUAUAUAUAGAGGAUAUUACAAGGCAGCGCGAAGAUAUGACUUUUAUCUUCGAGUGGUGAAAACAAUAUUUUACGAACGAGCGCAGCGAGUGAGUAAAAUAUUGUUUUUAACACGAGAAGAUAAAACUCAUAUCUUCAAGCCACCGUGUAAUGUUCUGUUUAUUUUAUAGUCCCAUGAGCAAAAAAUUGUGAAAUUUCACGCUCGAAAGCAAAUUGAAACAAGUCACGUGAUCGAUAUUUUCACUAGUGAAGAUAUGGAAAAUAUCUCACUGUGUAUUUUUCAGUAUCUCACUCUCUACUAUAUAUACUAAUAAGUUUUACGUAGUCUAUAUAAAGGUAUAUAUAAUAUUACUAAUCAUCUUUGCCAUCGGUAUUCAGAGACCUCGUGAAAACAGCAGAGAACUCAAAGUAAAACUGUCAAAAGUCAAAAUGCUAUAUACUUUUGUUUUGGAAAUAAUAGUCCAAUAAAUGGAAUUUAUUCCAUUAUUUUUUGAAAAGUGUAAAUAUUUUUCUUUUAUACAUUUUUUUCUUUUGAAACAAACAUCAGAAAGUUCUUUUAUUGAGCUAAAAAUAACUAAAAGUAAAGAUAUCUCUUUAUGACUUUAUUUUAAACCUGCACAACACUACAGGAUCAUUAAAAUAAUCCAGUUACAAUGACAAUGUCAAUGUUAGACCUGACGAUAAGUUGUGUUUCCUUAUACAUGUAGUACUCCUUGUUGCCGGAUUUUCGUGCGUAGGCUAUAUCGUUGUAUAUAUAAACGAGAGAAAUGGCGGUUCCGGUCAUAAGCAUGCAGCAUAUGUGAAAUGCCAAAAUAUCUAAUGAGUAAUGUUUAAGAUGACUAAUGACCUAAAAGUACUUAGGCUUAAGCCUUUGUUUGGAUUAAAACAUUGUACUUAUUUCCAUCGCCAUGACAAGGCACGAGGCGUGACGUAUUGUCCUCAUUGCUCUUGAAUUGUAAUAUACAUUCAUUGCAAUUUAAAAUUAAAAAUAUGUAUAAUAUCUACUGUAUGCUAUACUGUAUAGUUUUUGUCUUUUGAACAACUGUUUAAAGUUUGGAAUAGAAACUUUGAUUAUUCUAUAAUAAUUAUUCUAUAGGAAUAGAAUAACCAAUGGUUUAUUUACGUGGUUGCUUCGUUUCAUAAUUUUGUUAUAGAGUAUAUGGAUGCAAAUAUUUUGUAUUUUUAGGCAUGUCAAUUUCCAUUAUAUUGGCGAAGUAUCUUAUUUAACUGCUGUGGUGGACAAAAGAAUGGUUAUGUCACAUAUCAGAAUUUUACAGCAGUGUGGAAAAGGUAAAAUACACAGCAAAAAUUAGACGAUAAGGCCUUAAAAAAGAUUAAACUCUAUAACAAUACAGCUAUGGUUAAACAUACAGCCACCAUCUUUAAUCGUUUUAAAGGUGGUUGUAGAAGAUUUUAGGUGCUUCUAGGUCGUUUUAGAGGUGGUUGUAGGUGGUUUUAGAUGGUUGUGGGUGGUUUUAAAGAUGGUCGUAGGUCGUCUUAGGUGGUUGUAGGUGGUUUAAGAGAUUGGUGCAUAGAAAUACUAGUUAGUAGUACACUGCAUGCUUUCUCUCAGCUUUUCCUGUAAAUAUACAAUUGAAAGAUUUGAUUGUUCUAAAUAUUUUGGAUAUAUGUCUGAUUGUCAGUAAUUGGGAUCAUGUGACUUACGAGUUACGGUGUUUAAUUUUUGCAGGUUAACACAAUCAUGUCAUGAUGAAGCAUCUAGGUUUAUAUAUCUUAUGACAAGCAAUAGCAGAGAUUGCCUUAUAUCAGAAGAUUUUAUCCCGCUUCUUCAGGUAUUGCAUUCAGAUAUAGUCAUUCUAAUUGAUUACGUUUUGUGUAUAUAUAUAGUUCCACCAAUUUGUUAUGAUUUUGUGAAUCCUUCAAUAAGGAGCGUGGCUUACUGGCUUUAGGAAUAAAGCGCGCACUUGUCCUAUAACCUGCAACACAACAUGUCCAAGUUAUCAAGCAACAGUCCAACCCUAUACAGUACAGUAUAAUUUAAACCUGUUACCUGUUGCCUUUAAUUUAGCUGUUUCCCUCAUAUUAUAUUAUCUCAUUUCCAUUCUUUGCACUCAUCAUUGUCAAAUUGGUAUUAUACGCUUUAGAUGCAUGUACAGUAAUUACAUUAAUGGACCAAUCCCCAGUUAACCAAAAUUUUGAACUCAACAAGUCUAGACAAAAAUUUCAUCACAGCUUGAAAGAGCAUCACAAAAUUAGUAAUAUUCCAAAGUUUCGUUGCGAAAUGUUGUAAAAUGCGGAUAAUAUAGCCUUGCGAAGUUUGCAAUUUUCAGUCAUCUUAGAUUACAAAUGGGAAAUGGUUACCACUUCCGUGCGUAAUAGAAAAUGACUGAAAAUCACAAACUUCGCAAGGCUAUAUUAUCCGCAUUUUACAACAUUUCGCAACGAAACUUUGGAAUAUUACUAAUUUUGUCAUGCCCUUUUAUGCUGUGAUGAAAUUUUGUCUAGACUUGUUGAGUUCAAAAUUUUGGUUAAUUGGGGAUUGGUCCAUUAGCAUUCUAACUUUAAUUAAUUUCAUUUUAGGACAUUGUAGACAACCAUGGUGGUUUAGCAUUUUUAGUAAGUGCUCCUGAAUUUCAUUCCCGUUAUAUCAAGACGGUAAGUUGGCGUAUUUUUAGCUCGCUAUUUUUGGGUCUAAAUUUGCUUCGCGUCUAUAUUAAGUGUCCAGGAAAUACACAUAUAAGCAAAUAAAAAUAUUAUAAUGACAAGUUUUACAUUAAAUGUACAGUAGGACUUUUUAUGUCUUAUACCAAUCACCUAUCAACAAAAUCCGUAUUUAUUCCUGUUGUUUUUCUUUGCUUUACUAUAUUUCAACUUGGGAGACAUUCCGUGGUUUCCUUUCCGUAGUUAAUGUGAUCUAAUGAGUAGGGACUUCUAUUUAAAAAUAGAUAGCAUUACAUUUUGCUGUUGUCUUUAUUCAGUUAUUGAUACACAGCUGACGUCAUAAGGUGGUAAGCAUGCAUGAACCGCCUGGGCUUGUGGAUCACUGACAUUGAACUGAAUAGUCGCUGAUGUUCUUUCCACCUUACCACAGACAAUGAAAAUUGUUAUCUAUUUCUCUUAUAUAAUAAUAUUAAGCUCGUACCAAAACAUUUCUAGCCUUUCAAGUGCGCCUUGGGUUCGAUAGAUUAUACAAAACAACGCACAUCAUUAUUAGUUCGUGAUGCUAUUAAGAGAGCUGCGUGUGAUUGGCUUAGUGAUAUUAUGUCCACUGAAAUGGCGUCAAUUAGUAGCCUUACGUCUGUCAUCUAAGAAGAUCAUGACUUUCAACCAAUAAUCAAAGGCCGUUGAGGCCGACUCACGGAUGAGAUCAAAUGAAAGUGACAGAAAAAAAUUAAAGCAGUUUACAGUUGUUUUUGCAAACGAGCACCGUGCGAAUUUUGCCAUUUGUCGUGUUUCUUUUGCCAAAUCAAAAGAACGAACGCGUGCUCCAGCCCGAUUUCCGGUUCUGAACAGCCCGAUUCGCAGGCAAAGAGUGCGCGCAAAGCAGGCUGGUCAUUUCCCAUUGUUUAGCUGCCCCACACUCAAGUAACCACAAAGACUCGCAGAUGUUGCUUCGCAAAUCAUCGCAACAUCCGUGAGUCAAAAAUGAAAAGAGCAGAAUGAACUCAAAUUGUUUUCUAAUAUAUUUUAGGUGAUAGCAAGAAUAUUUUUCUUCGUAAAUAGCUCGUGGUCUGGAAAAAUUACACUGUCAGAAUUGCGAAAUAGUAAUUUUUUAAAGGUUUGUGUGACAAUUGAUGAUUCCCCUUAUUGCGUUUUCGUAGCGCUUUGCAUUGUGGUUAUAGUGGUAACACUGAUAAAGAUAGCGGCCUCGAAUGAAAAUAUUGAAUGUUUUCGCGAAUAUUUUGUUGUUGGCUAUCGCGCGCCUGACCCUAGCUUUUUUUAAAAGUUCUUGCACGGGUCAGGACAAAAAAUAAGCCAUCUUGAAUAUCAGUGAUACCACUAUAACCACAAUGCAAAGCGCUACGAAAACGUAAUAAGGGGAAUCAUCAAUUACUUGUGUAGUAGAAACGCGUUGCGAAUUAUGUGGCAGGCGUUACACCCGCUGUCAUCUGGAAGGAAGACACUACCAUGUCUGUCACAGGCCUGCCAUCUUCUAAUCUGAAACUAUUUCCUUUUGGGGGAUAUAAAGUUACUCUUUCAAAUCGGCCUUGUAUUUUUAGCGCAAUAUAAUACUAAAUAGUGUAUAUUAGCUUACUAGACCUACGGCCAUCUAUUUAUAUUUCAGCGCUUUUUCACUUGAGAAGAGGAAUUUUCGGGGCGGGGCGAAGUCGCCUCGUGACGUCGAUUAACCUAGCAGUGCUGCCGAGUAAAAGAUCUAGGCUGAAUGUAUAUAAUUUGACAGCAUGAUAUUUAACGUUGUGUUGGGUGGGUGGCCUUUUUAUGCAUUAGAGACC